AUGUUACGAGAAUAUCAGCAAAAAAUAAAAUUAAAACCAUUUGUACCAAUAUUCAAAGAGACAACUUUGAAAAAAUGGGAUAGUUCAAAUUCUAUUCUUACUAAUAUAUCAUUACUAUCAGUGUCAAGAACAACUUUGAACAACAGUGACACUGAGGAAGAGGAGAGAAAUGAUGAAGAAGAUUUCAUAUCACAUUCAAGAUUAUCUGUUUCCGAUCCGGAUCAUAUAGUUACAAGUACAGCUAUUAAUAGUCGACAGUCAAUUUCUUUGAAACGUCCUGUUGUUGAUACCUAUUUACUUCAAAGACAUCUUAAUCAAAUACCAAAAGAAAAUGCUCACUAUGAACAACAACAAGAUUUUUCAGAACUAUUUCAUGAUCUUAGUAGUGGUUUCUUUAAUCUAGAAGAUGAUUCUUCAUAUAAUCCUCGAGCAAUUAAAAGUCCACCAUUUUCUGAACAUAUAAAAUAUUUGAAAAGACCAGUUAAUUCAAGACCAAUCAGCAAACGUUCUGCUAGAAUACCGGUUAGAACAACAAAAGCAGAAGAACUAAAAAAAUCACAAAAACUUGCUAAUAAACAAGAUGAAACAUCCGAUAGUCUAUUGAAAAAUUUUGUACGACCAAGAGAAGUAAAAAGUGGUAAUUCAACAGUAAGAACAAAAGAUUCGUCAUUUCAACGUCCAUUUACAAGUUCUGGACGUAUGACUGUUCGUAGUGUUAAAUCAUCUAAUUGUUUAAGACCAUCUACUUUACAUGGAACAGUUCAAACAAAUCAACCUCAAUUUAUCCAUCCAUUUGAUAAUUCUCAAUUUUCCUCACCAGUUGAAGAUAUGAGACCGUAUACAACCGCAAGAUCAAAGAAUUUAUCAGAAUUUGAAAAUAAUUCAUAUCAUACGGCACUUGGAUAUAAAAAUAAUAAUUUAAAUAUAUCUCGUAGUCUAUUACAUUUCAUGAAAGAAGAUAUCAGUAGCAAUCGAGUUCCAGCUUAUUCAAAACCUUUAAAUAGUUCACUAUUAAAAGAACAAAAUUAUCCUCAAACAACAAAACGAUAUAAAAUGUGGCGUGUAAAACAAUGGAUUAACGAUAUUAUUAUGAAAGAUUACCUUGAAGAGAAUAAACAAGCAUCGAUCGAAAGUACAAUGGGUACAGAUCCAGCAAACGCUGUUUAUAUUGAUCCAUCAGAUGAUAAUCUAUUGGCAGAUCAAAUAAAAAAAUCACCUUCGGCAAAUAGAACUGUUGAAGAAGCAUCAAGAUUAAUUCCAUUGUUAAAUACCGAGAUUAAACGAAAAAUGAAACGACAUAAUUUAUUAUUAACGAGAAUUGAACUAGAUUUAUACGUUUUUUAA